CAUAGCGCGACCGGCGGGGCAGCUAACGAAAAGCGCCGGCCCCAGCGCGUCCAAGGGAGCAGCAGUGCGAAGGGGGCAGCGACCGGGGCACCGACCAUGGCGCUCGCCGACGACGCCGUCACCCUGAAACUCGACGGGCUCAUCGGCUUCUCGGGAGACGUGCCCGGCGGCCUCAAAGUUGUCAGGAGCCCGAACCUGCCGGGCGACCGCGAGUGGCUCGUCUACCCGCUGGGCUCGCAAGUCGUCGUGCGGCAGUCGGGGACGUCGCGGGGCAAGUCGAAUCUCACGUUCCUCACGGGCCACAACGACGACGUGAGCUGCGUCUGCGUUUCUCGAGAUGGGAGGACGCUCGUGACGGGCCAGACGGCGGUCCAGGGGGUGAUGUCGGAUGUCUUAGUCUGGGAUUUGGCCGAGGCCUGCGAGUGUGCUUUGAGUGGUGAUUCGCAGGGCGGCGAACGCGCUCUCAAACAUCGCCUGAGGCAGCACAAGUCCGGCGUCCAGGCCGUGGCCAUCAACUGCAACGACACCUUUUUAGCGACGUUGGGCGGUAGAGAUGACAACGCUCUGGUGAUUUGGGAUUUAGAUUCGGGAGAAGCGAUCUGCGGCCAACCGGCGGCCGCCGAAAGUGGCUUGGCCAUGGCUUGGUUGAGAGAAAACCCCGAUCGAGUCGUGACCUGCGGCGCGCGCCACCUACGGGUCUGGGUCGUCGACGUGUCUUUACCCAAGCUCCAUCCGAUGGACGCGAUAACUGGUGCCCUGAAGAGAAUCAUGAUCUCCGUCACGAUCGGGAGUGGCGACGAGUUCGCUUACGUGGGGACGACGACGGGAGAAGUCCUGAAGUUCUCCAUCGAUAGAGAUGGGAUCCAGGGCCCGAACGACCCCGACCGCACGAGACCGCGCUACCGCGAGAUUUCUAGAGCUAAAUGUAGUCAAGGCGUGACCGCUAUUAUGCUCCUGAUUAAUCCGGACAACGGCCGAGACACGAUUGUCGUCGGUGGUGGUGAUGGUUCCAUCGCUUUAUUCUCCGAGAAUUUGAAACCGAUCGGGGGCAAAAAAGAAACUUUAAUGGGUGGCGUGACGUCCAUUGCGGCGUCGGAAGAUGAUGCGGACGUGUUCACGGCGUCUACGGUCGAAGGUAAUAGAUACCGCAUUGCCGUGAAGCCCUGGCAGGCGGACCUGAUGACUACUGCUCAUGUGGGCGUCGUGAAGGAUUGUUGCUUCGCGCCGAAUUUCAGCGGUAUUUUCGUCACUUGUUCGGCGGGCGGCGACAUCAGAGUCUGGAACACGCAGAAACGCGUCGAGUUGUUGAGAAUCAGAGUGCCCAACCUCGAAUGUAACGCUAUAUUAGUUAGCAGUGGAGGCGAUUCCAUCAUUUCAGGAUGGUCCGACGGUCGUGUUAGAGCUUUUCUGCCAGAAACAGGUAAGUUAAAGUUCGUCAUCAACGACGCGCACACGAAGUUACCCAAUGAUAAGGACAACAACGGCUGCACCGCGCUCGCCAUCGUGCCCAACGAACGACCUUCGGGUAGCUACGUGCUCAUGACGGGCGGUGGCGACGGGAGAGUGCGAGCCUGGCGCGUCACCUCAUCCCACCAGGCCAUGCUCUUCUCGAUCAAGGACCAUAGGAAGAGUGUGACUGCCAUCAAAGUCGCUCCCGAUGGGCAGACGGCCAUCUCCGCUUCCGCCGAUGGUUCCUGCCUCUGCUUCGAGCUCGAUCCCGCGCCGGGCGCGCCUCCACUCAAGAGAUUUUCGUUGUUGGAGUCGAACAUCUUUUGUGAUGUGGCGUGGCACCCCGACGGGACCGGGUGCUUGACGGCCGGUAGCAACUUCAAGCUGACGUACUGGGACGGGUUGGAUGGGGAGAACGUCCGAUGUGUGGACGGGUCGCACACGGCGUGGAUGACGACGCUGGACGUCGACCCCGAGCACGGCGCGUACUACGUGACGGGAAGUGGCGACUCCACGGUGAAGGUCUGGUCCUACGACGAGGGCGUGGCGACGGCCGAGGGCGUGGCCCACUCGAAAGCCGUGAACGCCGUGCGCAUCUCGCCGGACCAGAAAUGCGCCGUCAGUGUUGGAGACGAGGGCGCCGUCGCGGUCUGGUCGUUAGUCGGGGCGAAGCCCGGCGACAUGGCCCAGGACUGAAGAAGAAUUGCCCUUCUCCCCCGGGGGUAAGCAUGACCAUUUC